AGAGGGGUGAGGUUACAUGGGGGGAGAAAUCAGGAAAGGGAUUGUGGGUGCUGUGACACACAGGGACAUGUAGCACUGCUGGAGGGACACAACAAAAAGAGGUUCUCUUCAGUCUUGGGCAGGAAUCUAACAGGAAAAGCCAUCUUAAAACCACUUGCCCUGGGUACUGCAGCUGGCAUCUUGGCGUGGAGGCAAACAUGGAUCAGAGAGGUGUUCUGGCACUGGCUGUCUGUCAGAUUGUUCUUGGACUCCUGAUCAGCCCGUUAGCAGAAUCUUCAUCUCCGGUGAUCGAAUGCCCACAACUCUGCGUCUGCGGUAACCGCCCAUGGUUCACACCACAGUCCACCUACCGCGAGGCUAAAACCGUGGACUGCAACGACCUGCGAUUGACUAGGAUUCCAGUGAACCUUUCUGUAGAUACCCAGGUGCUUCUUCUACAAAGCAACAACAUCGAUCGGACUAAUGGAGAACUGCAACAGCUGGUUAACCUGACAGAACUUGAUCUUUCUCAGAAUAACAUCACCUCUAUCCAGGAUGUGGGAUUGUCCAACCUUAGUCAGCUCACAACUCUGCACUUGGAGGAGAAUCAAAUUUUUGAGAUGACUGACUACUGUUUGCAAGAUCUGACCAACCUGGAGGAGCUCUACAUCAACCACAACCAGCUGAGCUCCAUCUCACCGAGUGCCUUCUCAGGUUUGCGCAAUCUGCUCCGUCUGCACCUAAAUUCCAACAAGCUACGGAUCAUUGACAGUCGUUGGUUUGAAUCUACCCCCAACUUGGAGAUCCUUAUGAUUGGGGAGAAUCCCGUGAUUGGGAUUUUGGAUUUAAACUUCAAACCUCUCAGCAGCUUACGAAGUUUGGUCUUAGCGGGGAUGUACCUAAGCGACAUCCCAGGGAAUGCUUUUCUGGGACUGGAUAACCUGGAGAGCUUAUCUUUCUAUGACAAUAAACUAAGCAAGGUGCCCCAGGGGGCUUUGCAGAAGUUGCCCAACCUAAAGUUUUUAGAUCUUAAUAAAAAUCCGAUCCGAAAGGUGCAAGAAGGAGACUUCAAAAACAUGUUACGUUUAAAGGAGCUGGGAAUCAACAAUAUGGCUGAACUGGUUUCUCUUGACCGUUACGCUCUAGACAAUCUCCCCGAGCUAACAAAGCUUGAAGCAACAAACAAUCCAAAACUGUCCUACAUCCACCGUUCGGCCUUUCGUAACGUGCCUACCCUUGAGAGCUUGAUGCUAAACAAUAAUGCGCUGAACUCUGUCUACAAGGGGACGGUAGAGUCCCUCCCGAAUCUUCGUGAAAUCAGCAUCCACAGCAAUCCUCUGCGCUGUGACUGUGUCCUCCACUGGAUGGGUUCCAACCAAACCACCAUUCGCUUUAUGGAGCCGCUGUCCAUGUUUUGCGCACUGCCCCCAGAGUAUCGAGGCCAACCUGUGAAGGAAGCCCUGGCUCAAGAUCCUGCUGGAGAGCAGUGUCUGCCCAUGAUUGCGCAAGAUACAUUCCCAAGCCACCUCAACUUGGACCUGGGGAUGACUGUCACUUUGGACUGCAGAGCCAUGGCAGAACCUGAACCAGACAUCUACUGGGUUACUCCCUCGGGACACAAGGUCACAACAGAGACCCUAUCUGAUAAAUUACAUCUGAGUGGUGAAGGCACACUUCAGAUCACAAGCGUGCAAGUGGAGGAUUCUGGUCGUUACACAUGCGUGGCACAAAAUUCUGAAGGAGCAGACACGAGGGUUGCCACGUUGCGUAUCAAUGGAACGCUUCUAGAUGGAGCACAGGCUCUUAGACUGUAUGUCCAGCAGACGGAGGCCAACUCUGUUCUGGUGUCCUGGAGGGUUACCUCCAGUGUUUUGGCUUCUAAUCUCAAAUGGUCUUCCGCCACCAUGAAGAUCGAUAACCCACACAUUACCUACACUGCCCGGGUCCCUGCUGAUGUUCAUGAGUACAACCUGACGCAUCUGCAGCCUGCCACGGAGUACGAGGUGUGUCUGACAGUGUCUGGCCUACAUCAACAGGCUCAGAGGGCUUGCAUCAAUGUUACCACCAAGGGCGCAUCCUAUUCAUUGGCGGUCACAGACCAGGAGACCAGCGCGGCUCUGGCUGCUGUUAUGGGUUCCAUCUUCGCCCUGAUCAGUUUUGCUUCUGUUUCCAUAUAUGCAGCCAAAAGAUUCCAGAGGAAAAACUAUCGCCAUUCCCUGAAGAAGUAUAUGCAAAAAACAUCAUCGAUUCCGCUAAAUGAGCUGUAUCCUCCUCUCAUCAGCCUAUGGGAAGGAGACAGCGAGAAGGACAAAGAAGGGACAGCGGAGGGCAAAACCUCCCAGGUGGACACUACUCGAAGUUACUACAUGUGGUAACUCAUGCAAUAUGAACAUCUCAAUGAGCACAAAGACUGUUGGAAAAACCUACAACACUCCCUCCCUCUCCUUUCUUUA